AUGUCAGUAAUGAGGUCCUUACGAUGCGUAUCGUUCAAUAGCACGUCCCACGCGUUCCGGGACAUGGCGGUGAGGUUUCGAGGUCCCUUGUGGCGCAGACGCGGCAGCGGCGAAAGAGCAUCCGGCGGAGACUCCUCCACGGAUGCGCUCGCGCCCGCGGAAGCUAGACUGAUAGGCGGCGAAGCAGACACGAAGCUUCGCGACGAGAAGUCCGCGGCGCGGGUGCGAUCCCUGCGCCUGUGGGGGCUGGUGCUGCUCGCGGGACUCACCAUCGGCGCGCUCUCAUGGCUGCUCGCCACCGCCAUCGUCGAGUUCUUCGACCUGCUCUACACUCUCAACGACACGCUCCUAGGCGCGCACGCCACGGCGCGCGUUCCCUUCUCCCGCGUGUUCGUCGCGUCGCUCCUCAUGGCGCUCGUCCAAGCCGCGCUCGUCGGCCUGGCGGCCGUUCUAACGGUCAACGUCGCGCCGCUCGCGAACGGCGUCCCCGAGAUAAAGGGAUUCCUUAACGGGAACAGCAUUCCGGGGUUCUUCGAGCUGCGUACAACGGUCGUCAAGAUCCUGGGGCUGCUGCUCGUCGUGGCGGCGGGCAUGCCCGUGGGCCGCGAGGGGCCCAUGGCGCACAUCGGCGCGGGGGUCGCCGUUGCGCUCGUGCACCUCCCGCUGAUCGGCCUGCAUGCGCACGCGAGCGCGCGCGGAAAGAAGCGUGCGGAUACCAAGGACGUAGGACCAUUCCUCGUGCUAGGCGUUCUAGGAGGGCUGCUCAGUCGCCUUUACACUGUUCUCUCACUCAAGGUGCUGCGGGCGAGACGCACUGAGACGUGGAGGCGGCGCAAAGCUGUGAAGAUCAUAGAUGCGGCUGUGAGUGCGCUGGUGGUGUCGCUGCUGUUCCACCUCCUCCCCGCCAUGUCGCCCUGCAUCUCCCUCCCUGCUUCCAGCGCCUCCGCGCCUGCUGCUCCCCCUGCGUCUCACUCCAGUCCCACGUCCACUGCACACGUGUCAUUUUCUCCCACGUGGUAUGUUGCUGAGUCACCAAGCACAUCUGCCGCACCGGGGCACGGAGAGGGAGCAGAGGGGCACGUGGUGUUGGUGCAGUACGACUGCCCUGCAGGGCACUACAACGAGCUCGCCACACUGCUGCUGCGCGGGGAGGAGGGCGCCGUGAAGCACCUCAUGGGCGACACGGCCAGCACCACCGCCACCGGGGAGGCCGUCACCGCACGGGUCUUCCCAGCAGGCGUGGUGGCCGUGUUCCUCAUCGCCUACUCGCUUCUUGCAGCGUCGAUUUCAGGCCUGGCGGUGCCCAGCGGGCAGUUCAUCCCGCAGCUGCUGUACCGGGCGGCGCUGGGGCGGCUGUACGGCAUGGCGCUGCAUGCCGCGCUGCCAGAGCAGUUUGCGCAGCCCAGCAUCUAUGCGCACGUGGGGUCUGCUGCGUGCCUCGCGGGGUACACUCACCUCACCAUCUCGCUUGCUGUGAGUGCUGCGGGCGGUUUUGGAGAGACUUUAGAUACCAUUGAUGCGCAUGUGGGGUCCGCUAUGUGCCUGGGCGGUGUGAUGCUAAUGGAGGCAUCAGGAGACAUCAGCCUUCUGCUUCCCAUCCUCUGUGGGUACGUGCACCCAUCACUACCCAUGCCCGACCAUCGAAGCAUAGCAGCGGCCAAGGCAGUAGCACAGCUCAUAGGGGUGGCCAAGGCAGUGGCGCAGCUCUUAGGCCGCAGCUACGACGAGGUGGUGCUGUCAAUCAAGAAGAUCCCUUCACACUCUUCCAACCCUUUCUCCUCCUAUCGCCCCCUCCCACGGUUGCAGCAUAGGGGUGGCCAACGCAGUGGCACAACUGCUGGGGCGCAGCUACGACGAGGUGCUACUGUCGAUCAAGAAGACCCCCUUCCUGCACGACAAGCCUACUACUCACGCCCCUCUCCUCUGCUCCUCUCCUCCUGCCGCCCCCUCUCUCGCAGCAUAGGGGUGGCCAAGGCAGUCGCACAGCUGUUCGGCCGCAGCUACGACGAGGUGCUACUUUCGAUCAAGAAGAUCCCCUUUCUGCAGGACAAGCCCCACGCGCGCCACCAGGGGCUGCUAGCCCGGCACCUCAUGGACCGCCACGUGGCACAGCUGCGGGAGAUGGAGACGCCGUCGCUCGUGCGGGCGGCGUUGAUCAGCUGCUUCUCGCCGGCGCUGAUGGUGGUGGAUGCGGAGGGCGGGCUGAAAGGGGUGGUCAGCCCUGCUGGUCCUACUGGUGCUGCGGGUGGUGGUGGGGGCAGUCUGGCACGACUGGGACGGAUGGCAGGGUUGCGGUUUAGUGGUGUAAUGAAGCGGGUUCCGUGGACGAGGAAAGCGAGAGUUGGAACGGAGGAGGGGGGUGAUGCGAGGAUGGAGGAGGGGAGGAGGGCAGACGGAAUGGAGGAAGCGAAAGGAGAAGGGAAGGACGAGGAGGAGGAUGGGGAAGAGCGGGAGGAAGAGGAGGAGGAGGAGGAGGAGGAAGAAGGUGAGAGCCACGAGUGGGAAACAGAGGCCCAGCGGCGUGUGAGGAGAGAGAGACGAAGAGGCCACCGGUACACAGAGGAACUUGCUCAGAAGCUUCUGACGUGCCACGACGACAGCGAGACGGGAGAGGAGAGGCGGAUGAGGGAGAUGGUGCGGAGGGAGGGGGAGGAGUGCCUGUUGGACCGCACUCUCCUGGCCAUGGAGACCAACGCCAGGCUGGCGGACCAGCAGUGGGCGGCAGAAGACGCGCUCUGGGCGGCAGCGCCGUCCCUGCACAGUGCUCCUGCUGUCGCUGGCACUGCUGGUGGCGGUGCUGUUGGGGGUGCUGCUGCUGGCUCAGCUGCUGGAUCUUCACAACAAGGCGGAGUGGGGAAGAUGGAGCACGCGUUCAGACGGCCCACAGGCAGUGCAGAUGGCAGUAGCUGGCAGCUCGGUAGCACGGGCAGUCACAGCCCUCUUCCCCCCCGCCCUCCUGCUCUUGCCGCCAUUCCUCCUCCAUUUGCACCUGCUGCUGCCCCGGAAGCUGCCUUAUCCGCUGCUGCUGCCUCAGAUGCAGCCUCUGAAGCUUGUGGCACUGCCACAAAUGGAGUAACGCCCUUCCAGCAGCAGCAGCUUGCAGAGGGCGGAGGAAAGGAUGGCGAGGUGGAAGGAGGGGGGGGAGAGACGCGAGAAGUUGGAGAGAAGGCAGAAGGAGAGGCGAGGGGGGUGGGGGGCGCGGAGAGCAGCAGGGGAGCGGUGGGAGCGGUGGUGGGAGGGGGCGAGGCGGAGGUGCUAUUAGAUGUGACGGCAAUCAUGGACCCUUUCCCCUUCCAUGUGCCCCUCUGCAUGCCCAUCCUCCGCGUCUUCCCCCUCAUGCGCAAGGUGAGAUGCAUGGGCCUCAAGUUCACCUUCCCUUCCUCACCCGCCCACUUCCUCUCUCCCCACCCCUGCUCGCAGCUCAACCUGACGUACGUGUGUGUGGUGGACGGCACAGGCCAGCCGGCGGGGCUGAUAACCCGGGCGCAUCUGAUAGACGCCAAGCCAGUGCACGCCAGCGUCACCACGUGGGGCCACUUCGGCCUGCCCUCCUUCCGCCUCUCCCGCCGCUUCUCCUCCUUCUCCUCCCGCCCCUCCGUCGCCUCCCUCACCCCGGAAGCCACCCAAGCCGCCCGUGACCGUGCCGCGCGCAUCCUGGCGGCUCUCGACCCAGACGCACUGGCCAUGGGGGAUACGGUGCAGCAGCAGGCAGAGGCGACUGAGAGGGUGAAUCUGGCGUCUAUGCUGGCUGCUAUGGACUCUGUACGGCACUUGUACCAGCAGCCUGACUCGGAGCGUGAAUGGGUGGAUGGGCACGGGGCAGGGGUGGAUGGGGUGGGGAGUGGUGUGGAGGGGAGAGUGGACGGGGAGGAGGGAGGGAUGGGGAGGGAGCGAGGGGAAGGGGAGCGGGGGGAGAGGCGAGGGGCGAGGGAGGGGCAGAGGAGGUGGGCAGGGAGGGUGUCUCCGAGGGAGAGGUGGAGGAAGGCGGUGAGGCUGGUGCUGGAGAGCCUGCGAGCCCAGGCUGCCGCGGCUGCCCUGGCUGCUGCCGCCCGCUCCCAACGGAACCUUGCCCUGCUGCCUGCUGCUGCUGCUGGUGGUGGUGGGGUUGGGGGUGCUGCAAGCAGGGAGGCUUCUGGUGUUGUGGCCAGUGGGAGGGCUGGUGGUGCUGUAGGAGCAAGGGAAGCAGGUGGUGGAGGCGGUUCAGAGCGCAAGGGAGGGAAGGGUGUGAAGGGGGAAGGGAUGCGGGGACAGGAGAAGGCAGGUGAAGAGGGAGGAGGGCCGUCAGCAAGGCAUGUGCAUUGGGGAGGGGAGGGGGGCAUGGGAGGAAGACUGGGUCCAAGCUUGGGCGACGGUGGUAGGGUGAGUGGGGAGGAAGGUGUAGAGGGGGAUGUGCUGGUGGUGAGGGAGGAUGCAGGCGAGGGGGAGGAGGAGGGGGAGCAGGAGUGA